AUGAGUCAGACACUCAUGGUGGUUGGGACAGAGAACGCUUGAUAAACACAGCAGCACCUGCUUUACAUCUCAUUAGAGACAGAGAGCAGAAAAAACAACCGAAGAUCACAGAAUAGAGCAAGAGUAUGAAGUUAAUUACAGCUUUGAGUGCUGCUGGAACCAUACUUCUCAACAUAGCAGGAACUCUCUGCCAGCUAGAUGUGUGUGGUCAAGCCCCCCUAAACACCAAAAUUGUUGGAGGGGAAGAUGCAACGGCAGGGUCUUGGCCGUGGCAAGUCAGCAUUCAAAGCCCUGUAUAUGGAGGCCAUUUCUGUGGAGGCAGUCUAAUCAACAAAGACUGGGUUUUGUCUGCAGCUCACUGCUUCCAGACUCCCUUGAGUACCAUUCGGAUCUACCUGGGACGCCAGAGCCAGUCGGGAUCAAACCCUAAUGAAGUUCUCAGGACAGCAAGGACAGUUGUCAACCAUCCUGACUAUUCCGAUUCUACACACGACAACGACCUAGCACUACUUCAGCUCUCUUCUUCUGUGACCUUCUCUGAUUACAUUAGGCCGAUCUGUCUGGCGGCUGCUGGGAGUAAAUUCGCCGCAGGUACAAACACCUGGGUCACCGGCUGGGGAGCACUACAGUCAGGAGGUUCGGCUCCUGACAUACUGCAGGAGGUGUUGAUCCCGGUUGUGAGCAACAGUGACUGUAAUAAUGCUUACGGAGGGGCCAUCACUAACAAUAUGAUGUGUGCCGGACUGUUGAAUCAGGGAGGAAAAGAUUCAUGUCAGGGCGACUCUGGAGGUCCGUUGGUGAUUAGAAACAGCUCUCUGUGGAUUCAGCCCGGUGUUGUGAGUUUUGGUAUUGGAUGUGCUGACCCCAAAUAUCCUGGUGUGUACGCCAGAGUCUCUCAGUACCAGGACUGGAUCACCUCUACCAUAGGCAGCAACCCUCCUGGAUUUGUUCAAUUCAACAACAACGGGUUCAGAAGCUCACCCAACCUCCUUUUAUUUUUGGUUUCUCUCACUUCCUCCAUCAUUCCUUUCAUAUUCUCCCUAUAUCUCUCUACAUGCUCACUUUGUCAGUUAAAUGUGUGCGGUCAGGCUCCUCUCAAUACAAAGAUUGUCGGAGGACAAGCUGCAGUUCAGGGGUCUUGGCCCUGGCAAGCAAGCCUUCAUAGAAUUACGACAGGAAGUCACUUCUGUGGUGGGAGUCUAAUCAAUAAAGACUGGGUUCUGUCUGCUGCUCACUGCUUCCAGAGUACCGCCUCAUCUAAUGUAAAAAUCUACCUGGGCCGUCAACUCCAAUCAGGCUCGAACCCGAAUGAGAUCUCCAGGACAGUGAUUCAGCUCAUCAUCCAUCCCAGCUAUAGCACAGCUUCUCAAAACAACGACAUAGCGCUGCUGCAGCUCUCUUCUUCUGUGACGUUCACUGACUACAUUAAGCCGGUUUGUCUGGCGGGCGGGAGUGUAUUAGGUGGAGGUACUAAGAGUUGGAUCACCGGAUGGGGCAAACUCAAUUCUGCAGACACCCAGAUUCCAAACAUACUGCAGGAAGUGCAGAUACCAAUCGUAAGCAACAGUGUUUGUAAUAACGAUUAUGGAGGAAUCAUUACAAGCAACAUGGUAUGCGCUGGACUCAGUGAAGGGGGAAAAGAUUCAUGUCAGGGAGACUCUGGAGGUCCAAUGGUAAAUAAGAACAAUUCUCAGUGGAUUCAGUCUGGCAUUGUGAGUUUUGGUCGAGACUGUGGACUACCCAAUUACCCUGGUGUUUACACCAGAGUGUCUCAAUACCAGUCUUGGAUCAGCUCCCAAAUAAGCAGCAAUCUACCAGGAUUCGUCUCUUUCACCUCCAAUGAUUCCAGCUCAGGCUCACCCAGUCUCCUCUUAUUUUCACUUUCUCUCACAUCCACCAUCAUUCCUCUGAUUUUCUCCUUAUUUGUAUUUUCUUAAUGACCAGGUCAUUAAAAGCCCUACACAGGCUAUUGUUCACACAUUUAAAUAAGAUGAAAAAAUACAAAUGCACUACAGUCACUUUGUAUUUUAAUUUAUUAAAACAGGUACAAUAAAAGAGUACAGUACUUGUACUAUCUAAUA